GUUGUUGGUCUUGAGCAGGCCCUGAAUGCUCAAGUUGUUGACCAGUCCAUGGCUAACCAGGUCAUCAGUGUUGACCAGUCCAUGCUGCAGGGACAAGCUAUCAUGCCAGUUCAGCUAACUGUCAGUGAUGGCAGCGCCGGCGAUCCAUCAGGCUUGCCUCCUCAGGUGCUGCAAGGCUUGGAUGGCACCAUACAGUUCCACUUCAGCACUCCCAUGGGUCAGCUGGGUCAGAGCUUCCAGCUGACCAGCCUGGACUCCAGCUUGAUACAGCAGGCACUGCAUGUGGAUGCCAACAUAUUGCAGCAGCUUCAGCAGACUGGGUUCAUCACCAUCACUCCAGGUGGCCUUCAACCCACAUUGACUGCAGACCUGUCCCAGAUUGGGGCGGAUCUCCCACAAGGAACAGUAGUGGUGUCAUCAUCCUUGGCCAACACGGACACACUGCUGGCUCAUUCCAUGGCAGGAGGAGAAACUCUGGUGGGUCAGCAGACUGUACAGGAGACACAAGUGGCCUCUACGGUGGACGUCGCGAUGGGGCAGCAGAUGCCAGUCUCCGAUUCCUUCAUGUCCCAGCUCCACAGCUCCGAAGCUGCGCUGGUCCAGUCCAUGGGAGUGAGGACAACCGAUGUACACAGUGUCGACAUGAAACCAUUCCCUAUUUAUACAUCCAGUGUCAACAUGAAGGAUCUCAGACCAUUAUCUAUUUACACAUCCACACAGAUGGUUGGAGCCCACCGAUUGACAGAUGCCUUGCUCAGCCAACAGCCAACGAGAAUCCAUAGUUCAGGUGUCACAAGCUCUUUGAUUGGUCAGCCCAGCCUCUCAUCUCAGGACAGCUACCAGUCACAGGUGGUGACUCAAGCACUCGAUUCCAUGAUUGUUCAUGACAGAAUAAUGACAAGUGUCUCAGAUGCUCUGAUUGGACGGCAGAUAUCCUAUGGGGACACAGUUGUAGGAUCAGCAGGAGAACAUGCACUGAUUCAAGGCAUGCACCUACAGGCUGGUUCCAUCUCUGAGGACAUGCAUCCUAAGAUUAUUGUCGAGUCCGUUUGCAGCUUACAGAGCCACCACAUGGGCAGAUCACCUGGUAGUGACCAGGGCAGUGCUACCUUGAUCACUCAGGAUGGCCAGCGGCUGUCAGUGAACGUGUUUGCCAGCUCGGGUCAAGAUCUGGACCUGGUCAAGAUUUCAGAGGUUGAUGAGGAGGAGCAGAAGUACAGCAUUCCUGGAGAGGAUGGCAGCAGGAUGGCCAACAUUACACACCUGGACCAAAAUCCCAGCCUGGGUCACCGUGGAAGUCCACUUGAUGAUGAUGUCGAUGAGGACAACAGCGAGGAAGUGGACACCAGUGCCUUGAUCCCCACCUCUGAUGUCAGCCUGGAGCCACAGCAAGAGGGUGUCAACCGCCAGCAUAUCUGUGGGAUCUGCUACAGAGGAUUCAAGCGGGCAGCACAUUUAAGGGACCACAUGAACACACAUGGUCCUGGUCCCGUACCCAAGAAAGCCAAGGCUACUCCACACAAGUGCAAUGUCUGCACCAAAGCUUUCCAGAAACCUAGUCAAGUGGAGAGACACAUGCGCAUACACACAGGCGAGCGCCCAUUCGCCUGUCACAUGUGCCCCAAGAGCUUCAAUCAGAAGAACGCCCUGCAAGUUCACCUGCGCAAACACAGUGGGGAGAAACCACACAUCUGUCCCUACUGCAGCUCUUCCUUUGUCCAGAGUGGGAACCUCAAGACUCACAUCAAGAGAGCUCAUCACACAGACAUGGUCAGCACAAUGAACCUUGUACGAGCCACCUCAGAUACUGCUGGCAGUGUUGGGCAGGAGGUUGGAGGUCAUGGGGUUCCAGCAGGGCUGGAUGAGGCCCAGUCAGGGAUGGGCGGGGAAGUAAGUGUGGGUGCUGUUGGGGGCAUGGAGCAUGUUGGGAUGGAUUUAGUGGAAGUGGUUGAUUUAUUUGUGCAGUAG